GUCCCUAGUGUUUCCGGUGUUCUGUCUUGUUAUAAACAACAAACAACUAUGCGGUACCUAAAAGAAUUGAAAUAUGAAGUGUCGCCCCAAAAAGAUUUAGAAAUGUUAUCACGGCUGUUAGGGAACAAGAAAGUUAAGCAGGCUGUGGUGCAGAGAUUCAUGUGCUUAGGCGUGUUGCUGUUUAUUUGGGUUUAUGUAAACGGAGGACUUGUGCCAAAGUUUCUUCACAAACAAAUGAUCUUGACCUCAAACAGUGAGUCUAGCUUGUUGGCUUUCUUCCCUGCAGUGGACGAUAAUGCAGCCAUGAUUAAGUGGGCCAGAGAAGUGAAUUCUCAGGAAAUGUUGGAGCGAGCAUUGUAUAGCAGGGAUCUUCACAUGAUUGAGAGCGAUUUGAUGAUCCGAGGCCAAGGUACAAGCAAUCAGGAGCUGGUCGCGGUGAUGGCUCAGCUGCCACAGACAGACGGGGCCCUGACCUUUACCUCUUGGCUGGAACAGGUCAUCAAGGCGUCUGCCAAAGGAUUUAAACUGGACUUCCAGGCCUUUGAUGCUGUGGAAAUAACACUGCAAGAACUCCAAGAUAAGAAGUCGCAGAUAACUGUACCAGUAUGGCUGCAUGCAGACGUUCUACAAGGUCCACUGGGCAACAAUCCAAGAAUCGAAUCAACCCGCUUCAUCAAAAUUGUCAAGAAAAUGUUUCCUGAAAGCACUCUUUCACUAGGCUGGACAACUGGAUUUCACACAGAUGUCAGUCAGAUCAGCUACACCUGGAACAUGAUUCUUGACAUGUAUUACGUUGUUCACAAUGCGGAGGUAAAGCCUCCAUUGGUUUUCUCUGUAAGAGCCUCAUUUUUAGAAAACUCCAUCCCCCAGUUGAAGUGGCUCUUGGAUAACACAGGCGGGUCCCUGUACGUUUGGCAGCACCCUAGUGACCAUGGGGUCCAGUACAGUAACAUCUUGAGGUACUUGUGCUAUAGAUUUCCACCCAAGAGUGUGUUCUUUGAUCUGAGCAAUGACGAACUUGAAACUAUGGUCCAGACCAACAGGCGUAUCACUAGCAACAAAGACUUGGAUGCUAGGGUGGAAAUGCGGGACUCCCUCAUGUUCAGACCAGAAGCCUGGGUCAAGAUGGGCUUCCACAUGGAGGCACAUUCCAUUCUGGGCAGCACUGAAGCAGUGGUUCUGCAGAGCAGAGCUGUGUACAUGGUGACAAAGUCCAAGUAUACUCCCAAUCCAAAUGUAAGACUUCAAGGGCGGGUACAGUUUUUCAAUCGCAGAAACUUGCAAGAGGAACACGGCCGUACCGGUCUGAGUAUUUUUGUACGUUCAAGCCAGUACAUGCAUUUUGAGGAUAUCAAAGGCAUCAAGUGUUUCAUCGGCAUUGACGGUGAAAUAGUGGUUGAAAGUGUCAACAUGCCUGAUUUGAAAAUUAAGGAAUCUCACAAGGUAACGCCUGGCUCGGCUGACUGCUACAGGUUUUCUGUGGUAGACGAAGGUCCCAGGUUGAUGUUUGUUGUCACAGUACUGCCAGAGUGCCAUACUCUAGAGAGUGCCAAGCCCAUUGACAGAAUUCCUGCUGAAAUCAAUGUGAGACUUCCAGCACAGACUGAGACCGCCGAACAUCCUUUCAUAGUGAAGCUGGAGGAUAGCAGAAGAACUGCAGUGUUAGAUGAAUUGACAGUAAAAUUUCUUCAGUAAACUUUUGUUUUGGGCUGUGUUCAUUCAGAACAAAAUCCACAUUCCUCCACGUUAUGUAAGAAGUCCUUUGAAGUCUUUUUACUUUAAAAGAUGGGUUUGUUUAAAUAUUUUGGUGUUUAAAAUUUGAUUUAAAGAAAUUCUUUACAAUAAGUAGGACCCUGUUAGUGUAACUGUCAAGAAAAGAAUGAGAAGACAUAGGUUGUAAUUUGAAAUCACACAUGAUAAACACUCUGGUUGUGUAAAAAAAUUCUUUGAUAGGGAGGCAAUCUUCUUCCAAAGAAUUUUUUGAUGUACUUUUACCGGUAUUUUAUUUUAUGCUUAUUGUAUUAAGUCAUUGAUGUGCAAGUUCAUGAGGUAACUGUUACGUUGCAAUAGUUGACUUUGCAAAAUCAGUCAAUACAAUUUUGAAAUGUAAAAUUUGCUGUUCAGUAUUAAUUGACUCACAUAGAUGAGAAGAUCAUGGGUGGCAAAAUAACAAUAAGACGGACAAUAUACAACAUGACUUGUUAAAUCGGACUUAUGAUUUUGCCAUCCCAGGAGAUUUUUAUUUGACAUUCCAUAUCAUAAUCUUCAAAAGGCCCAAUUUUUCCUAUAAUCUUUUGAGAUACUGCAAUUUUUGCAUAUUUUAGAAUGAAGAAACCCAUGGUAACAGUUAUCGCUUGUUAUCCCCCGCCAUAGGCGGAGGGAUAUUGUUUUGGCGUUGUCCGUCCGUCCAGAGCCAUAUCUUGGAAGUGCUUUGGCGGAUUUCAUUGAAACUUGGUAUGAGUAUAUAUAUGGAUAUGAGGAUGAUGCACGCCAAAUGGCAUUGUACACCAUCUGUUAGUAACAGAGUUAUGGCCCUUUGUACCUUAAAAAAUGCUUUUUUGAGUGUCAAAUAUAACACUUUUGUGUCCAGAAGCAUAUUGGCGGGGGAUAUCAAUUCAAUGAAUUUGCUUGUGUUUCCCAUAUUAUUUACAACUUUCAAACAUUUGGCCUCUGGAGAACCUAUUAUAAAAAAGCUUGCAAAACCUUGUAAGAUCCUUAAUAGAGACUGGUUUUAUUUUUAAUUUAUAGUAAAUUUUGUUGAGUUUGUUUAUGUUCUGUAAAAUCAUAGAGUAAAUAAUGUUGUACAUGUAUACUAUUGAUGUACAAUGCAGCCCAAUCAUUUAUUGAACAUUAUGGUUAAUUUUCAUAAGCUAUAGAAUAGACACAAAUCAGAUAUCACUGCUGCAUAAUUGAUGGAUUGCAAAAGUGCUGUAUCUGCUCACCCAUUUAUGAUUCGGAUGCAAUAGUUAUGCAUUCAUAUCUUCACUUUCCUUAUCAAUAAUAUUAACUGUUUCUGAGGCUUAAGCAUAAUGAUUAAUCUAUUGAAAAUGUGUUCACAUGUGUACUUUGCAUUUUGUGUUCAAAUAUAGAAAACAAAAUAAAUCACAUUCAUGACCUUGAAGUGACCUUUUCAGCUUACUGCAUGUUGCGUCCCCAUUUGAUACAUAUCAUGGAGUUGCAGUAAAAUAUUGUACAUAUACGGAUAUGAAUGGUUUGCGUUAUUGCAUGUGUUUUCACAUGUUAUUUAUUUUUGGAAAGAUAAUAUAAUACAAAAUGUGAUGAGAUACUAUGCAAGAUUUAAUCAUGACCAAUAUUUGUAUGGAAUAGUUGCUUGGUCAGAUCGUUUAGUGUAUUAAAUUGAUCAUGCCUGCAGUUAUUGGAGCCUUGUUCUGAGAAAACUGGGCUUAAUGCAUGUGCGUAAAGUGUCAUCCCUGAUUAGCCUGUGCAGUCUGCACAGGCUAAUCAGGGACGACACUUUCCGCCUGAACUUGAUGAUAGGUAAAGAGGGACUUCCGUGAAACUAAAAAUACCAUAAAAGCGGAAAGUGUCGUCCCUGAUUAGCACAGGCUAAUCUGGGUCGACACUUUAUGCACAUGCAUGAAGCCCAGUUUUCUCAGAAAGCAGCUCAUUGUAUUUUGACAUUCUGUACUCAGAUAUGUAUACUAGUACACAGUUAGUUUUUAAGCCUGCAAGUUACCCUUCUCAGUCAUUUCCUGUACCUGACAUGUCAUCUUUUAAUGCAAUAAUUGCUUCCAAAGGCAUGGCUGUGUUUUUUCAUUAUAUUUAUUAUAUUGUUGUUUUGUAUAAAAGAUACUUUCAAACAUUCCAUGAUGUUUUUGUAGAAAUUGUUAAUUUUAAAUGAAAAAACAUUUAUGGUUGCAACACAUUUUAAAUACAUAGUAGUAUCAUAAUUAUUUUUCUUAGAUUAAAAAUGUUUCUUUGUAGCGUCUUAUUUUCUAGAUUAUGUCACAAUUUUACAAAACAUGUGUAUACAAAUAUUCAAGACAGGAAAAAUGUAUGUGUUGUGUCUCUUUUUUUACCUUUUUUUUAUACAGAUGUACCUUUGUUAACAAACAUAUCAAUGGUAUUUUUAUAUGUACUUUAUUGAUAUUAUUAAGUUAUAUACCAACAUUGUGCACAAUACAGUGAGAUAUUUGUUCGAGUUCACAGUUGACUUCACUUACCAUAUUGCACAAACAAAGAGGAGAGUACAAUGCAAAUAUGCCAGCUAUUAUACAGUCUUUUUAUUAUAUACUUAUUAUAUUAUUUCUGUAAUGCACAUUUGAUAUACACAACAACAUUAAGUCAGCAGAAAAAUUGAGAGUGUACAUUUUUCUUUAAUAAUAAUGUGAGAUGUUGGUUGUAAACAUUUUUGUUUCUUGAGAAGAGCCCCGCUAUUUAGAAAAUAAUAUUUGUAUGUUUUAAAUUUGGGACUUAUUAUUUAACAGCAUUCAAAGCAGAUCUGCUAGGUCUAGCUUCAAUGUGAUGUAUAUUAUAUAUUAUUUUAUUAAAGAUUAUGUUUGGAGUAGACUUUUAACAUCUUUGGUUACACUUGGACUGUCCAAUGCAUUAAAAUGUUACAAAUGAUUGCAGCUGAUUGCUUGAUAUUAAUAGGUAUCUUAUAAUGACUAUAAUUGAACAAUUUACUUUUUCAUUAUAAUAAACAUAUAUUGAAAUACAG